GUGUGUAAAUGGUUGUUUACAUGAGGGACCACAUCACUACCAAAACGUUCAGGCAGCAUGGAUUUCUUGAAGCCCAAAUCCCCGCCGUCACCGUCUCCGCCGCUCACCAAUUCACCUUCGACGCCACCCUUUCACCUCCGCCUCCACCAAGCCUUCACCUCUCUUCAGACCAACGUCUGUAAUUUCCUCCAAAAUGCCCUUCCUCACCCUCCUUCUCCUCCUCCUAACAAAUCCCCCGCAUGGGCUCGUCUUUCCAACUCCGGUAGCAGUCUCAUCGGAGGCACCUCUGGUUCUCCCGCUAGAAUGGGCGGUGGUGGUCGGAGUAGUGAGGGAGACGGUGCUAUGCCUACGAUAGCAUUUGAGGAGCGAUUUACCGGAGUUCUAGUCUACGCCCUCAGCAAUCGCAGUCAAAAAUUCGUUUUGGUUUCUGCGGGGAAUAGCAAAGCAAGUCUCGGUUUGUUUUGCUUUGGUGAAGCGGAUGCCACAGCUCUCCUUCACCAAAUGGAGUGCAUGGAUCCUUCUUUGCAAAAUAGUUAUCAAGUGGUACCUGUGGCACUCAAAGAGGUGAUCCAGCUUAAAGUCGAUGGGAUGGCUUUUAGGUUGAUUCCUGAGGCAUCCCAAGUAACGAAUGCAAUUAAGGAGCGUCAAAGAAGUGGUAUAUCUGAUAAUACGUUUACUGGGGUUCCAGUUUUCCAGUCAGAAAGCUUAGUCUUGAGGGGAGAAAACACAAGAUAUCGUCCACUUUUCUUUAGAAAGGAGGAUCUUGAGAAGUUUCUUUCUAGAGCUUCCAAAGAGCAGAAUGUAUUCAAUCCUGCAUUGAAGGGAGAUAUUCAGGUUGCUGCUCUUGAGGAUAUAAUACAAGGGAUGAAGGACAGCUCAAUAUCAACAUGGAAUGAUGUUGUUUUCAUCCCUCCUGGUUUUGACGUUUCCACUUCUCCCCCAAGGUAACCUGACCUUUGCCUGAGCUCCGUUUUGGCACCUCUUCGAAAGAAGUCAAGAACACAGUCAUCUUUUACGUUGAAGUAGGAUCUGGCAUCAGGGAAGAUGAUUGGCAGUGCUAGAGAGGAAGAUGGCCUCUAUACUUUUGAUGAAGGAACACAAUUGAAUAAACAAGGUCAAGAAAAAACCUGUUUGCAAACUGUUUUCUUUCCUUGUAAUAAUGAAGUGUAUUUAAUGCACUAUAGAUUAGGUCACCCAAGUUUUUCUUAUCUGAAAAUGUUGUUUCCUAAGUUAUUUCUUAAUAAAAAUCCUUCAUCAUUUCAUUGUGAUAUGUGUGCACUUGCC